UAAAAAAAAGAUGUUUUGACUUAUAUCCGUAUUAGACUCUUCAUACUUCUACAUAACCAACAAAUUCACAUUUCACAACACACCGCUAAACCUAACCAACUAAGACUUCUCCAACUCUGAAUUGAACAACUGAAGAACAAUCAUAAUUCCACUACACGGUUUUUGCCUACUUUUUCUUACCCUUUUUUGCUAUAAAUACCAAUCACACAUUCCAUAUUUUGCUCAUCAUCAUCCCACCACUUUAGAUCGCUUAACACACCAAAAAAAAAAUUAUCAGAAAAAGGGGGUGAUCAAAGAACUUAAAGAAAUCACACGAAAAAUGGCGGGAAAGAAUGAAGCAGUUUUGUUGACAGUAACCAUGGUGAUUGCUACACUUAUUGGGAUUUGUUCAGCAGCAACAUACACUGUUGGUGGUAAUACUGGGUGGACUAUUCCUUCACAACCUAAUUUUUACUCUAAUUGGGCUUCUCAACAAACCUUUCAAGUUGGUGAUGCUCUCGUGUUUAAUUUUGCUGCCGGAGCUCACACAGUAGGCCAAGUGAACAAAGCAAACUUUGAUGCAUGUGGCACCACCAACACUAUUGGACAAAUCCAAACCACCUCCCCUGCCACCAUCACUCUCACCACCGCCGGGACCCACUACUUCAUUUGCACCCUACCCGGACAUUGUGGCGCCAACCAAAAGCUCUCUGUGGUGGUCACCGGCUCUUCAGCCACCACCCCCGCCUCCGCUCCUGCCCCUGCCCCUGCCCGUAAAGUCAUCAGCCCUGUCUCUGCUCCUACUACCCCUGCCUCGGCUCCCACCCCAGUUAGUGGUGUCUCCACCCCUGCCGCCGCUCCUACCCCUUCCAUUGUAGCCCCCACUCCUUUCAGUGAAGCCCCUACCCCUACCAGUGGGGCCCUUACUCCCGCCACCGCUCCCACCCCUUUUGGUAGAGCUUCUACCCCUACUGGUGGGGCCCCCACUCCUACUAGUGAAGCCACCGGUAGUCCUCCAGUCCCUGACACCGUUCCUUUGUCCCCCUCAGGCAGUCCCACAACCCCUGCGCCAUCUUCUCCCGCUGGAAAUUUUGGCAGUUCCACUGGUGUUAGCUUGUUGAGCUUGGUGUCUGUUGUUAUUGCAGCUUUUAUGAUGUAGUGAUGAAUUUUUUAUUCUUUAUUUUUUGAGUUUUUUUUUUACCCAAUUUUUAGUUUUGAUGUUAAUUGUUUGUUGUACAAUUGAAAUAAUAUCAGAUUGCUUGUUGUUUGAACUUUAAAGUACACAUUCUUUUUGGUGGCUACUGGCUAGCUCCAGAUUACUAAAUUUUUUUGUCACAAUCAUAGUUGUACUUCAUACAAAACAAUUUUAUUUUCUUUUCAUAAUGCAUAUAAUUUUCCUAUAUAAUGUUCCCUCCAAUUGUUUGGAUCAUCAAUAUUACAAACUUAUACUCUACCCGUAA